AAUCAACGUAACCCGGUGAUUCAAAACAUGUGGAGCUCUGUUUAUUUUUAGAAUAAUUUCCUUUUAUUAUUCAGCAUGAUCUAGCUUAACUUUUAAGUUUCUCUUUAAAUUUAGGAUCUUAAUUUUAAGCAUUGGUCUCUCUUUCUACAAAUUCACCAGGAUCUAAGUGCCAACGUUUGUUAUGGCACCCAAGAAAGUAGAAGAACCGGAAAGGAAAGCAUUUUUUGGUAGGAUUGGCACCAACCUUAAGGUCGGUAUUGUAGGUGUGCCGAACGUUGGAAAAUCUACCUUCUUCAAUGUCUUAACCAAAAGUACGGCAGCGGCUGAAAAUUAUCCUUUUUGCACAAUCGACCCCAAUGAAAAUCGUGUUCCUGUCCCUGAUGAGCGAUUUGACUUUCUUGUUGAUUAUUUCAAACCUCUCAGCAAAGUUCCUGCAUUUUUGAACGUUGUUGAUAUUGCUGGAUUAGUCAAAGGAGCUGCUGAAGGUCAAGGUCUGGGGAAUGCAUUUUUGUCUCAUGUCAAGGCUUGUGAUGCCAUUUUUCAUCUAUGUCGAGCAUUUGAGGAUGAGGAUGUAACGCAUGUAGAAGGCGAUGUUAACCCUGUGAGAGACUUGGAAAUUAUUAAUGAAGAACUGCGAUUAAAAGAUGAAGAUUAUUUAAAAAAGCAAUUAGAAACUCUGGAGCGUACAGCUGUCAGAGGUGGUGAUAAAAAGUUGAAACCUGAAUACGAUAGCUUAAUGAAAGUGAAGACUUCCCUCAUUGAUGAAAAGCAGCAUGUCAGAUUUGGCGAUUGGGAUUCAAAAGAUAUUGAGGUUCUCAACAAGCACAUGUUCUUGACUGCCAAACCUGCCAUGUAUCUUAUCAACUUAUCGGAAAAGGAUUACAUAAGGAAAAAGAAUAAAUGGUUAAUCAAAAUCAAAGAAUGGGUGGACAAAAAUGACCCAGGAGCCAUUAUCAUCCCAUUCAGUGGUGUCUUCGAAAAUAAACUCCUGGAUAUGGACGAGGCAGAAAGAAAACAGUACUUAGAAGAAAAUAAGAUCACCAGCGCUCUAGAUAAAAUUGUCACCCAAGGAUACAAGGCUCUUUCACUCAUGUAUUUCUUCACUGCUGGUCAUGACGAAGUCAAAGCAUGGACCAUUCAGAAAAACACCAAAGCUCCUCAAGCAGCCGGUAGAAUUCACACUGACUUCGAGCGAGGUUUUAUUAUGGCGGAAGUUAUGAAAUUUGAGGACUUCAAGGAAUGUGGCUCAGAAGCUGCAUGCAAAGCUGCAGGCAAGUACCGUCAGCAAGGAAGAAAUUACACUGUUGAAGAUGGGGAUAUCAUCUUCUUUAAAUUCAAUGUUACAUCUGAUAAAGGCGCCAAGAAGAAGUAAAGGCAGUCAAAACUUGGCGGAACGAACAUGUGUUUUUAUUUUUUCACAUCUCACAACAGCUGUAAAAACAUUAUGUACAAAGUAAAGAUUUCAGUUUUUUGUACUAUUUUCGCAUGAUUAUCAUAUUUUUACUUGAAAUUAUUUAUUGUCAAGGCUUAAAAGCCCCUAACCAAUAAAUUAAGAAAUGAUCCAACCAA